AAGAAGGAUUACAGGUAACUUAUCAAUUAAAUUAAUAUAAAUUGGUUUCUCGGAAACCAAUAACGAUUAUUUGGAUAGGUUUGACGUUUCGGCAUAACUUUAUAUCGCAAUGAGGAGUUAUGUUUAUAAUGUAGUAAAAUAAUUUUACGUUAUUCAAGUGAUUUUUUUUAUCAUAUUGCAACGUGAAGGAUAUUUUAAGUUGUUCAUAUAUACGGUAUUUGCAUAUAGUGGUUAUCUUCAAUAAGGAUAAACCUUACCCAGUCCAGAUAAGUUUUAAGAAAUACAAGGCUUAUAUUAAAUUCGAUUCCAAGAUGCCUACAGUAUUAAUGUUAGAUGCUUCAUAUUCUAUGUCAAGAUGCAAUGGAUCUGACAAAAAUACUAUUUUGCAAUUAGCAAUUCAGGCAGUUCAUAGUUUUCUUGACUAUUUAGCAAUCCAUUGCAAAUUGGAAUUUGUAGCUCUGACAGUUUUCUCAUCAACCUUCAAAUGUAUUUGUAAUUUUACACGGGAUUAUGCUUCCAUCAAAGAAAAGUUAAAUGCUGUUGAAGAGCUAGAUAAAACGAACAUAGAAACAGCAUUUAAAGAAGUCAACAACCUUGUCAUAAAUGAAUGGGGAAUUAAUACACCAUGUCAUGUGGUACUAAUAACAGAUGGAUGUGCUCCACUGUAUCGAGUUGGAAUAACACAAUUCUCAUUUCCUGCAAAGUUGCAUAUUAUUUGUAUGUGUCGAAGCGAUGAUAAAACUUUUAUGCACUCUAAAAGCAUUUAUGAAGAAUUGUUAACACGAUUUGGUUCAUCUCCUACUAAUGAUUUACAUACAAUGCAGCCUGACACAAAUGCUAGUAAAGUUAAUGCAGCUUUUGCUCCCAUUGAUGCACAUACUAUAUCUGAAGCAAUAUUGCACUUUUCUGAACAGAACUAUCAUGAACACAGAGCAUCAUUGAAAUGUGGUGGGCUCUCUUGUGAUGUAUUUUUAUUUCCCCCACCUGAACCAUAUUUAGAAGUAACAGAGUAUAGUGUAAAGAAGCACUAUGUCUCAAGACACUUAGAAGUAUGUGGGUUUCUUUCAAUUGCGGAUGUAGGGUCUCCAAUGGCGAUUUCUCGUCAUCUUUUGCUUCCAGCACCUGUUUUGAAUAUGAAUGGCAAUGAGGAUGGAGUUACAGAAAGGAAAAAUGAUUCCAGCAAUGCAAUAGAAAUGAUGCAAACUGAUGACGAUUCUAGUGAUGAAGGUAGACAACCAUCAUUUUGUGUUUUGUUACAUGGAGCUCUAAGGAAGGAGAGCAUGGUAGCUCUUAUUUCUAUUGCAGAUGAAUGGUUUGCACUUGCAUACUCACGUGCUGAUGGGAGAAAGAAAAGUGGUCUUAUGCUAGCUACUUUAAAACCAGGGACAAAACCUUUACCAGGUCUGGGAGACCUAAGAUUACUUGGAUUAGAAGAACAAGCACCAGGAAUGGCAAUACGACCCAUGGAAAAGCGUAGCUAUUCUCAAAGUACAGUAACCUGGAUAAAGCAUUCAGGAUUGCAAUCAGACAUACAAAAGUUGCUUAGACAUGCUAGAAAAUUACCAGAGAAAACUUCACAUUUUUAUAAAGAAUUAAAUAGGGUAAGAAGAGCAGCUACAUCAUUAGGAUUUAUUGAAUUAUUAGAAGCAAUGGCAUUGAUAUUUGAGCGUGAAUGUGCUUCUUUACCAGAUAAUGCUAGUCCUGAUUGUGCACUACAAUUAACUCAUGCAGCUCAACAAUUACGAGACCCACGCUCUCGUGAUCCCAGUACUAGCAUAAUGCCCGUUAGCACAAAAUAUAAUUUAAAUGCUAAAGUUUCAUGUUAGCUACAAUCAA